AUGAACAACUCUCAGAAAAGCAAAACAGUUCGAUCAGGUUCAGCAAGAGUCAAAUCAGCUAUUGAAAGGGCUGGGUUGAUCCAAUAAAGGGAGCAAUUGAGAGAAAUGUUGAUUAGCAAAUUUUCAAAAGAUUUUGCUUAGGGUAACAAGAAUAAAGAGGUGUUAAUUUCGUAAAUAGUUAAUGAAUACUUCGCAAAUGAGCAAGUCACAGAGAAUUCCUUAAAAUAACUGAAAGCGAGAGUGUAGGAGGCUAUUCAAAAAUAAAAACAACAAAGUUAAACAUAAUAAAACCCAUCCUAAAAUAUUUAAUUUGACAACAGAAGUGAAUAGAAAUCACAAAACCUCAGACCAUAAUCUGUUAAGAAUUCUGUGAGAUCUGAAAGAGAUCCCGAUUAAUAUUCUGUAACGUCUUCACAAUUUGAAAAACCACCAAAAUCAGUUUAUGUGGUUGAUGAGGAGGAUGAAUGGGCUGCUUUGGUCAAGUUUGAUACAGAACUACACACCAAGGAAAGAUAGCUAGAAUCAUAGAGGUAAGCUGAGUUUAAAAAGAAAAUGAAGUCAGAACUUGAUAGAUAGUUGGAGGAGAAAAGAAGAAGGCAAGAAGGGGAGAAGAAGUAGGAAGAAGCCUAUGUUAAGUUAAGGGAUUACUAAAUGAAUGUGUACGAUCAAAGAGAAGACUAGAAGAAGAGAGAGAAGGAAAGAAAGUAGUAAAUGGAGAAAGAGCAAAGAGACAGACAAGUGAGGGAAGAGGAGAAGAGAAGAUUCUUAGAGAAAAAGAGAUAAUCGGAAUAAGAUGCAGUAUUGGUUUAAAGAAUUUAAGAAGAAUUGAAAUAGGAGUAGAGGGAAAUACUUUAAAAGAAGGAGAUAGAGAAGAGAAAGUUUAUGGAGAUGAUGGAAGAAAAUGAAAAAAAUAGAUAGAAGUAAAUUCAUGAUGAAAUAGCUGAAAAAUAAUUAGAAAUUGAUAUGCAAAGGAAAUAUAUAGAUUUACAAUAAAAAUUAGAAUAGGAGAGAGAAUUAGAAAAGAAGGAGAGAGAAGAUAAAAUCAAGAAGAUCAUGAGUGAUUUUUCAUAAACUGUAGUAAAGAAUCAGAAAGAUCAAAUUAAGGCUGAAGAUGAUAAGAUGAUGAAAGCUAUUCUUAUGUAAAAUUAAAUUGAAUAAAAUGAUGAGGAUUACAAAAAGAGACAAAUUAAAUAGUAGCAAUAGGAAAUGAGAUAGUAUUUAAUCAAGCAAAUGGAAGAUAAAAAAUAGAAAAUAAAGGAAGAGGAAGAUUUAAAUAGAAAAUAGGCUUAGGUUUGGUAAUAAGAUUUAUAGAUGUAUUAAACACAUGAAAAAUAAAAACAUAAUUACAUAAAGGAUGUAAAUUUGAAGCACUAAGAUAUCCUAAAAUAAUAAAUAGAUGAGAGAAAAUCUUAGUAGAGACCCAGAAAUAAAAUGAAUAAUGAAGAAUUGAUGCAUAACAAGCCUUUACUGAGAGAAUUGGCAGACAAACAAGAUGCAAUAAAAGUCAGAAAGAUGAAUAUUGGAUGA